CACCUGACCCCUCUCCGGAACGUCACGGAACGGAACGCCAUUAGAUUGAUGGCGGAGCUCCGUCGGGAGCCAGGCAGCGUUUAACAGGGGACUCGGCGCGAGGACUUCACGCGAAGGCGGCCGUUUGCGUUCGUCUGCGGAUCUCUAUGGCCGCUGUGAUCGGCUAAGGGCCAGGCUUUGUUUGUUUGUUUGUUUUUGCGUCGGGCCGAGAGUUUGAGCAUGGCGGCGGCCGGAGGGAAGACGUACUCGUUCAAGGUGGUGCUGCUCGGGGAGGGCUGCGUCGGCAAAACGUCGCUGGUGUUGCGAUACUGCGAGAACAAAUUCAACGACAAACACAUCACCACUCUUCAGGCGUCGUUUCUCACGAAAAAGCUCAACAUCACGGGAAAGCGAGUGAAUCUGGCUAUAUGGGACACCGCCGGUCAGGAGCGUUUCCAUGCCCUUGGACCCAUCUACUACAGAGAUUCCAACGGCGCGAUACUGGUGUACGACGUCACAGACGAGGACUCGUUUCAGAAGGUGAAGAACUGGGUAAAAGAGUUAAGGAAAAUGUUGGGGAAUGAGAUCUGUUUAUGUAUAGUAGGCAAUAAAAUUGACCUGGAAAAAGAGCGACAUGUUUCGGUGGAGGAAGCAGAGGGAUAUGCCGAGUCGGUGGGUGCAAAACACUAUCACACGUCAGCCAAAUUAAACAAAGGCAUCGAGGAGCUGUUUCUGGACCUGUGUAAACGCAUGAUGGAGACGGCUCAGGCGGAGGAGAGGUCGAGGGGGAACGGCGCGAGUCACACGAGCACAGCCCGGAGAGGCGUACAGAUAGUCGACGACGAGCCCCAGACUGCCAUGCCCGCCGGAGGCUGCUGUACAUCCGGCUAAACACACUUACCCCCCUUUUUACCCCCCUCCCGGGACUGAUAACGGCCUCUCUCGCCCUCCUCUGUGUAAAAACUGCCACUUCCCACAGCUACACUCACCUGCGACCGCUCUACAGCUCUGUUAAGUCAUUUCUUUAACGGUUUGUCCCUUAUUGGAAGGGUUGAUUUGUAACUCCACCCUUCGACCGGCGGACUCUAGGGGCCAAAAGAUGCCAGAUCGACCUGUGUUGAGAACAUUCGCAAAUUCCUACAAAUAGGUACCAAACAAUAACGCCCGGUCUUCUAAAACACACACAUGCACUGAUUAAUUUCCCUAACAAUCUGAUACCUUAGCACUUUUUCUUUUUUUUUUUUUUGUUGUUUCUUUCGGCAAGGCGUUGUGCAUGUAGAAUCUUUAAAAUCCUAGUUUUAUUUUACGUCUGAAAAAAAAAAAGAGAAAUUCUUUAUUAUUUAAUAACUUAUUUACAAUUUCAUCAAGCGUCUACGUGUCCAAAGACCUUCGUAAUUCUUGUAAUCAACAGGCUUGUCGUUCUUCUACGGUCUCGUUCUUCUGUCGUUCAUAUCUUCUGUAUCUUUCUUAAAAAUGCAACAUUAAAAUCCAUCUAGAACAUUUAAACUCUUUGUAGGUUUUGUCUUUUCUCUUCAGCUUGCCAAUUUAACGCUAUCCGGAUUUCGAAAUGGUAAAAUAAAUAAAUUGUGUUGUUCGCAUGCUACAUUUUUGUUUUUUUUAUAUAUAGGGAAAACAUGCGAUACUGUGUGCUUUACUUUUCAAGCUAUCGAUUGCAACGGCGAGUCGGAAAAGUGUACAAUAUUCAAUAUUAAUGUUGUAUGAAUGUAUAACGAAUAAUAAUGGCUGUGGUAAAUGCUUUUUUGGGAUUUGUGUGGUUUUUUUUAACUGUAACUUUUACGAUGUUAAUUGUCCCCCCACCGCACCUCCCCGAGACCCGAACGAUGGGACAAUUUUUGAAAAUACUAAUAAUUUCGACAACCGCAUCACCUGUAAACACUGAGGUGCAGCUGUGAGCCUUCUGUGCCUUUAAAUAAAAGUGUCUAGAUUGACCCACC